CGUCGUACGUGCAGUCUGCACAUGCUGUCGUGGAGGACGAGAACAAAUCACUCGAGGUGGGACAUUAAAGCUGCUGGCGUGGGAUCGUUCCGUACACUUGGUCCCCACCAUCAAGACAACCGCGGGAAGGUGACAGCUGCAAGCAAGAGCUAAAGGGUCUACACCCAAUUCAAGAAAACAGGUUUUCACGCGCGGCAUGAAUGCUUUCUUACAACAUUAACGUUACUCAACUGUGUAACAACAAAGGUUUGUGGUGUUUUGCAGUUGAGUUAAUGUUCCUCUGCCCCCUGUAUAACACAUCUCAGUCAGAAUGUCUGAAGAGGAAUUGAUGUUUACUAUGGAGGAGGUGGGCAGUGCCCAAAGAGACAGGCCACAGAGGACUAUCACAUUUGGUGAUGCCAAUGCCAGCGAUGAUGAAGAUGAGGAUUUCUACAUGUGCUCCAUCACCGACGAUCUCAACAGCCCCACUAGAGAAGUCUGUGAAUACCUAAAGAGCCUGGUACACAACAAGCAGCUGUCAAACUCCCUGCCCAAAAAUGCUUUUGCUCACAGAACCACAGAGCAGUCAGACCCAGAGAAGCGGGCGGUCAGGUUUGGUUCGUUAACUGAGACAGGUCGGACAAAGUGGAAGCGUGCCAUUGAGAAGGCUCGGUCCAUGCCUGACCCCUGGGCAGAGUUCCACCUGGAGGAGGUGCAGAAGGAGCCCUGCAUCCGAUACAGAUACAAUGCUAUCACCAGUGAAUGGGCACAGGACACAGUGUACAUCAAGAUGUCUGGCCAGCCCUUCGGCAGAGGAGCCAUGAGAGAAUGUUACAGAACGAAGAAACUCUCAAACUUCUCCCACAGCAACAACUGGAAAUCGGCAUCCAACUAUGUGGCAAAGCGUUACAUGGAGCCAGUGGAUCGUGACGUUUAUUUUGAGGACGUUCGGUUACAGAUGGAAGCCAAGUUGUGGGGGGAGGAGUACAACCGCCACAGGCCGCCCAAACAGGUGGACAUCAUGCAGAUGUGUGCGAUUGAGAUGAUACAGCGACCUGGCAAGCCACUGUUCCAUCUGGAACAUUACAUCGAGGGCAAGUACAUCAAGUACAACUCCAACUCGGGCUUCGUGCGAGACGACAAUAUUCGCCUUACUCCACAGGCAUUCAGUCAUUUUUCGUUUGAGCGCUCCGCUCACCAGCUGAUUGUGGUGGACAUCCAAGGAGUGGGUGACCUCUACACAGACCCCCAGAUUCACACGUCACUAGGCACUGACUUUGGGGAUGGGAACUUGGGUGUCCGUGGUAUGGCCUUAUUCUUCCACUCUCAUUUAUGCAAUUCAAUCUGUAAAAGUAUGGGUCUCUCAGCCUUUGACCUGGCCCCCCAAGAGAAGAGCCAGCUGGACUGCACCAACAAACUGCUGCAAUCAGCACAAACGGUGUUGCGCGGUUGUGAGGAGAUCUGUGGCUCCCCCCGUGUCAGAACCAGCUCCUUCAACCGGGCGCCCCUUCUGCUCUCCCGGCUCUCCGAGACCUCUUCAGCAGAUGACAACAUGAGUGACGCAGAGUCCACCCCCUACUCCCCUGACGGAAUGGGCUCCAUGGACACCAGAUCACCUCUGGGCUGGUCAAUUUCGAACGAGUCCAACGACACUGAUCACCAAGACUCCGAAAAUGGAGGAGACAGUGGCUAUCCUAGCGAGAAACGGAGCGAUGGGGACCCAGCGGACCAUGCUGAAAGGGUUCGCCCCAACUACUUCAGACAUUACUCGGAGUCGGAUGAGGACAGUGCUCGUCGGAAAAUGGUGGUUAAUGCCAGCAAGUUCUCCCAAGCUGCAGACAGUCCUCAGCUUACAGACGAGAAGUGGAGUUUCUACCACUCAUCUCGGUCGCACAUCCACAGACCCUCCUGUGUCGCCGUGGAGGUGGAGAGACUCAACUCUCUCGUGCAGGAGAGGAUGAUUGGAAAAUCCAUUUUGGGCAAGGUCCAUCUUGCGAUGGUGCGAUACCACGAGGCAGGUCGAUUCUGUGAGAAGGACCAGCCGUGGGACGAGCACUCUGCUAUCUACCACCUGGAGCGGGCAGCCAUGUGUGAGGAGCUAGAGGCCAUCGUGGCCUUGGGCCAGUGCUACCUCCAGCUGCCCCACCAUAUCCUCCCUGAGAUUGAACUGGAGGACAGUGAGGAGAAUAGGAAGAAAGGAUUCCGCUACCUCCUGCAGGCUGCUGAGGCUGGCGACAGGCCCAGUAUGAUUCUAGUCGCCAGGGCUUUAGACAACGGUCUCAACCUUCCACCCAGCAGGAAACAGGACUGGGAAGAGGCUAUUCAGUGGUAUGACUGUGCCCUCAACAUGACCGAUUAUGACGAGGGCGGUGAGUUCGACGGCAUGCAGGAUGAACCACGCUACCUCCUGCUGGCCAGAGAGGCAGAGAUGUACCAGGAAGGGGGCUUCGGCUUGGACGCAGAUCCCCAAAGAGCAGGUGACCGCUUCACAGAAGCAGCAGAUGCAGCCAUGGAGGCGAUGAAGGGACGUCUGGCCAAUCAGUACUACAUGAAGGCAGAAGAGGCAUGGGCAUUGAUGGAGGAAUGAGAAAGCCCCAUCACUCCAUUGGCCAGAGUGUCCCCAUUACCAAAAGAGAAAUGUUUACAAGCAGUUUGUUCAAAUGUGUUACAGUGCUUUCCUGUGACAAUUGUCUAGUGUUUCACAGAAAAUAAACAGAUGUCUGGGUGGUGUUCUUGUCUUGGGCUAGUGUCUCCCUCUCCUUCUCCCUCCAUGCCCACCUUGGCAUUUUUUUUUUGUUGGGCAAUAGUGGUUUACCUGAGAGCUUUUCAGGAUCAAAUGUUUACUUCAACUUUGUUUACUUCAACUUUUCCUAAUUUUGUAUAGUUUGUAUGUAUGGAAGCUAGAGAGGAGCCUGCACACCUUGAUAGGUUAUACUCCAGGUGCAGCUCUUUCACAAAAGCAACUUGAGAAAAGAAAAGCCCAUCACUGAAGAAACUGACAAAUGAACUGACAAAACGUCACUUCAUCAAUACAUUGGAUGCACCUUGGAGCAUGCAGUGUUUUCUUUUCUUCUCCUCAAUAGUUUGUAUGUAUUGAAGACAUUGUGCAUGUAAGAAUAUGUAAGAUUUUGCCAUGGCUGCAUUAAAUGCUUCUGAUGAAGACUUGGUCUGUAUGAAUACUUGGUAUUUGUUGUCUCAACGAAUAUGGAAAUAAAAAAAAUAUUUUUAACCCUA